AGCUGAAAAGGGAAGUUAAGAAUGUAAAAUGUCUGACUGCAGUGAUGAUGAGACUGCCACUGAUAAGCAGCUUAAAGUUGUCAUAGUGGGAGAUGGUGCCUCAGGCAAGACAUCCAUAGCAACAAGAUAUGCCCAAAGCUCCUUCGGUAAGGAGUAUAAGCAGACGUUGGGGGUUGAUUUCUUUUUAAAGAGGCUAGUUCUGCCGGGAGAGACACAUGUUGCGUUACAAGUUUGGGACAUUGGCGGCCAGACUCUGGGAGGGGCCAUGCUUAACAACUACAUUUACGGGGCCCACGCAGUGCUGUUGGUUUAUGAUAUUACAAAUGCCCAAAGUUUUGACAACUUAGAAGAUUGGUUGGCUAUUAUCAAGAAAACUUGCGGACAAAAGCUUCCUGCUUUGGCUCUCGUUGGUAACAAAGUCGACUUGGACCACCUGCGUGCGGUGAAGAAUGACAGACAUCAAAAGUUUGCAACAGAACACAACAUGUCAUCCCAUUUUAUUUCAGCGAGAACUGAUGACCAGGUUUCCCUGUGUUUUCAAAAGGUUGCAGCCCAAGUGUUAGGCUUCAAACUUACCAAACAAGAAGUUGAAAGCCAGCAGACGGUUGUCCGUGCUGAGAUCGUGAAAUAUUCCAACCUCGAGCCGCCCCGGUCCGCAGCCAGCAAUCAGCAGCGCAGUGCAAUGUGUUCCAUACAAUAGUAUGACAUUUGGAUGUAGAUGAGCCCGACAACAUUUCUGGAGAAAAGAAAGCCCUAACAAGCAUUGUCACGUGGUCAGAACGUGAUCAGAACUGAUCUACUCAGUAAACUAGACUAUCAAAUUGUGGCGAGAAAAGAUAUUAUAGUGAGAGUGUUGUUGGAAGGUUUCGGGGGUUUGUAUUUAGAUCUUUGUAUUUGUAUAUUUGUGAAGAAUGCUAGUAUGUCAGUUGGAAGUGGCGGUAGUUUACUGAUGUCUGUUCGGGGAGUAAUAGGUAACGACCUGCUGGACUUUCCUUUGUGGAAAUUACAAAUGAUUUUAUUAAAAAAUAGCUAUGAUUGCUAUUCGGACAAUUAACACAUCGUUUUAAAACUGUGAAUUUUCCCGGCGACUAAAAACAUGAUACAAAAAACAUCAUGCUGAAGUACUGAUUUACUAAAAGUCUAAAUUUGAGAAGUAUGUUUUAUUUUAACAUGUUGCUUACUCAUGUUGUAUUGUCUUGAUUUGAAUCCUGGUGGCGUUAAAAUUUCAUUAUUUCAUUUCUGUGAUAUCAGAUCGUUAUUUUUGUCAAAGCUAAUUGUCUGACACGAACUUACUUCUUAUUUCCGUUUACAACUCAUUCUUAUCUGAGUGGAAUCACCAAAAGCCGUAAAAGCUUCGAAUGUCAAAUCAUGUUGGUGUUAAGUUAUUUAUUUUAAAAAUAUGUGUGGGAUUCCGGCUAUAAAGGUUAUAAUGAUUUACUUUGAGCAAAUGCAUUUAUUUCAUAAGCGGUAAUUUUGGUAGACAGAUCGUUUCUGUGGCAUUAAUUCUUAGUGAUUGCUACCGUCGCACCGGUAUCAGUUCACACAUAACGGAGCGGACCCGCCCUGCUUUUGCAACAUAAAACCUUCGGCUGUACCGAACUUGAUAUCACUUUCAUUUGUGAGUUGUUUGAUCCAAGAUAUAUAAAUUAUUCAGAUUUAUUUGUUCACCGAAA